AUGGAGGAACCUCCUACAGAGAGCAUCCACCACUUCUUCAAUCAGCUGUGGAGCUUUGUGGAGGAGAAACACAAGGAAGGUGUCCACAACACCGUCUGCCUGGUGGUCCUCCUCACUCUCCCACUCCUGGUCCUUCUCACCACCUUGCUGGUGUGCUGCCACUGCUGCUGCUGUCGCCAUGCCAACAGAUGCUGCUGUCCAUGUGCGGGAGAAGGAGGAGGAGGAGGUCAGACUGCAGCGUUGGAAUCGAAGAAGAAGAAGAAGAAAAAAAAUUCAAACAAUAAUGAGGAUUUGUGGAUUUCGGUCAAGACGGGGCAGAUGACACCCGAUCGGGUCGCUUUGCCGGUGGAGUAG